AGAGGGCAGAGAGAGAGUGACAGAGAGAGGGGAGUAUGUGACUGCUGGAGGAUGCUCCUCUUCCUACUCUGUCUUCUUUCUAUUCCACUUGACUCUUUGCCUUAAGCCAUAUGACAAUUCUAUGAGAACUUUUCACGUAGAGACAGUACGGUCAUCUGUAACGGUAUAGACCAUCAAAAGCCAUCGGGUAUUUCCUAAUUACCGUUUCCUAGGAGGUUUCUUACGACCGUCGGUAUAUUGUCCAGGUUGGACCUAUCCCUCCCUUGUCGUCCCCUACGUUAAACCCCUCUAUCCCCUGCGCUUCCGUAAGCUCGCUUUGAUUGCGAGACUCAGGUAGUCGGGCAACUCGUUACUCCUCGGUUUCUAGUUCUCUACUACGAUCCUAGAGCGUUUUGUGUAACGUACAGUAACGUAUGUUGCUAGUAGCUGUCCAAAGCACUCGGGUUACUGCUUCGUUUAACUGUGGUUUUCUGAACUCGCGCUAUCCAUCAGUCGUCUUUACUUCCUAAUUAGUACCAUGGCUGGAAUUUACUUGGCGUGAUAGUCGCUUUUCCAGUUUACCAACCGGCACGUGUACAACUCAAAUGAACGCGUUGGCUUGGGGACGAUUCGUAAUGUCAACGGUAAACGACUCGCUGUUGCUGGGUCGGGAAGCGUCCUUCUGAAUCUUCUGAAAGUGUCUGUCUUCCUGUUGGAAAUAUGGAGGGCAGCGGCACUGGGAUCAGCAGGCUCGACUGCUACGAGGAUAUGUUCAAGGAGAUUACGAGGAAGCUCUAUGGAGAAGAUCCGGAUCAUAGGACGUCCAGCGUUCAGAACGAAUUUGAGACCUCGGUCUCUUAUAAAACUACUGACGAUGACACGGGUAAUGGUACUGACGGAAGUGAUGAUGGAAAUUGGACCUGCGAGGACGAGCCUCUAAAGGGUACUGACGGUAGCAGAAUUGCUGCCUAUCAUGCUGGAAAGACGACCUGGAGAUGCUACGAAUGUGGUGACUGUAUGGGAGGAGGACCUCGUGAGGUCGCCGAGCACUUCACGGAACUGCACUCGUCCAGGAUCAUUGGUGACGAUUCCAGGAAUAGACAUCACUCACCUAGAAAGGAUUAUCUACAAGCGGAAUUAAAGAUUGAGGACGUUGUUGCAUAUUUAGAAAGGGUACGCGAACGGGCUGAAAGAGCAGCGCCACCCUUACGUAGAACUCAGGAAACACAAACAGUACCUACUGCAUUGUUACCUCCGAGUUCAACCUUCCUCCUUCAAGAGUUACCUUCUACUCCAGCUCCGCAGCAUCUUCAUCAGAGCUCAGCCGCCAUGCCUACUUCAGCCGCCGCUUCCGGUAGUGGAAAACGAUACACUUGUCCGUAUUGCCCGUACGGAACCGACAGACGAGACCUGUAUACUCGUCACGAGAAUAUUCAUCGUGAGGAGAAGCCGUUUCAUUGUUACGUGUGUUACAAGCCCUUUAAUAGAGCGGAUCACGUGAAAAAGCACUUCCUGAGAAUGCAUCGAGAGCACCGAUACGAAUUAUCUAGGAUACGAAGACCAGCAGGCUCAGGGAACACGCCAAAGCCUCUUCAGCAAGAUUCCACUUCCGGUGCAAGUGGAAACGGAAACCAAACUCAUCACACGAAUUAUCCAUCGGGAUAUAAUAAUAAAGGAUACCAAUUACAACCAGCACCUGGUUCUGGAGGUGGUCUGUACCAGGCCACGAGUAUGCCUGCUCCUGGAAUAAUGCAACCUGACACUGGAUGCGGUAGACGGAUGCAGAACGGCGGAUGCAACAGCAAGAGUCACCUGAAGGGUGGGUCAAAGGGCGCCCAGGAAAGGAGGUAUACUUGCUGUUACUGCUCGUGGAGUGGAGUCGACAAUUGGUGCCUGAAACGCCAUUUGAACACACAUCUCAAGCCUUUCGCAUGUGCACUCUGCGAGUACAAGGCGGCCCGUGCUGAGCGAUUAGCUACUCACGUCUUGAAGGUCCACAACAGAAGGCAGUGUUCACGAUGCUCCUUCCUGGGUGAAGAUGCCGCGCAGCUGCAGGUGCAUCAACUUCACGUGCAUCGUGUUACCAGUGCAAAUGCACCGGCACCAACUGCUCCGCCAGCACCGCAGCAAAAUAAUCGUCAGCAGCAACCGUUGCACCCCGUCGGAGGAGGUCGACCUCCCCCAGGUCCACCAGUCUUCCCUGCUCCAGCGCCAGCGAUCGCACCUGCCACUACCGUCAUACCACCGACCACCAUACUCGGCCACGAGAUGGUAAACUCCCCUGCAACAGCAGGAAGCAUGACGUCGCCUAAGGAGGAGAGGCGCGUGUCGUACGAGGUCCGCGAGCAGUGCGGAUGCGAGUUCCUCGACGAGGAUGAGCUAGCGCUGCACCGCGGCACUACGUUACUACUAUCCACGGGAUAUCCCGGAUGUCGCGGUGAAGGUCCUAACCCCAAUUUUAAAUGCAGCGCCUGCGGGCUAAGCCGCCAGGGCAGGUCUAGAGGGACGGAGCGAGCACGCGGGACCCCGUCCUCUCCUCAAGGUAGCAAAACGGAAACGGAUAGCGGCAGAAUACUGAGGACAAGACCGGAACAGGAGGACUCCCUUCUUCUGCUGUCCAGCGAGAAACGCUCGCGGAAGCAGAGUCAGCCGCGUAAGGUAACGAUGCAGGACAUGGAGGACGAGGAGGAGGAGGAGGAGAUGAAGGAGAACCUCGAGGAGCGCGACUCGAGGCCAAAGACGCGACUGAAGAGGACAUCGUCCAGGGAGAAGGCGGCUCUGGAUCUUCGGGAAUUGCGGGAACGUUAUCUGGCGCAGCUGGUCUCGCGAAAAGGUCUCUUCAAGUGUCACUUGUGUCCACGGAAUUCGGCUGCCAGAGCCUUCCGCUGGGUACCCUAUCACACUAAGGCGUCCCUGGCUCUUCAUACGCUAUGGCGGCAUCGUCCAAGAAAGCGCAAUGGACCCCAGGACCAUCGCCGGAAGUCGCUGAGAUCCGCGCUGACCCUCAAGGCAACCGUCUACACGAGUUCCGGUUACACUUGUCAUAGAUAGCGAUUAAUAUCCCUGGAGAAUGCUGUGCGGCAUAUCUUGGAACUUUCGACUGGCGCAAUCUUCGCUCACUGAAUAAUGGAUCACGGGGACGUCCAAGGAAGUUCGUGGCUACGUCGAUGAAUUCUCCAGCAAUUAUUCUCUGUUAAGAAACUCUACAUUUAUCCAAUCGAUAUUGCGUCCUGAGUGACUCCGGUGACCCUGAUGCCGGAGAAUAUCGUGCGUGUAUCGUCAGAUUGUGAUUUUACAUUUGGACAAUGAUUCUUUCGAAUUCUUAUUAAUUAAGUGCGAAUAAGAGACAUCGAACGCGGUGUGCUAAGCCCUUAAGGCAAGAAUUACAAAUGACGGCGUAUCGAUGUCAUGGAAAUUACUCUUUGUACCAGUCGUAUAUAUGUAAAAUUCAUGUAAAAAUAGGUUAAGCCUCAAUGCUACCAGUACUCCUUUCAAGUUGAACGGCCGCCCUGUUGAUUCUUGAAAAAAGAAAAUUAUGAACACUGUAAGCAUUAUUAUAACGGUAGAAGCAUCUCAUGUAUAGGUACUCUAAUAGGAAACAAUACCUCCGGGAACUUUAAGUCUAAUAAAACGAAUGCUCGUGGAAUCAUUUUUCCCAUAAAGAACGUUACUCGGGCUACUAAGAGUAAAAAAAUAAGUGUAGAGGCCAAUGCGAAAAGAAAAAAAAAAGAAACAACGACCACGUAGCGAGCGACAAAGGCGAAGGAGAAAACUUGAAGAAAUAAUAAGGAUCGCGUGUCGUUCGCAGCCGUACGUGAAUCUAUGGUACAAGCAUUUCUUCUAUUUCCCUAGAGAAGAGAAAAGACGACGAUUUAAAGAGAAAAAGAAAGAAAAUUAAGUAAAGUGAAAACUACCUUAACGAUAAAUGGGCGCAAAAUAUUUUUCGUACGGUAUCUGAAUUGCUCGUCUUGUCUCUCUGUGUCGACUUUCGAAAGUGCGUUAAUCGAAAUAAUCAAAGCGUCCAGUAUACAUUUCAAGACCGUAAACACGUGGCGCCACUUGACGUUGCUCUCUCGAAAGACCCCUCGUAGCCGUUAAUGUAAUUUCGUUAUUGUACGUACUCGAUCGAGCAAGCAUCACUUUUAUAUAAUGCUAUUUGUACAAAACUAUUACCUUGUUUACGUUACUAUAUGAAAUAUAUUAUAUCUAUUAUAA